AUGCCACAGCAAUGUCGUGACUCAACGGAUUGUCAUGAAAAUGGCCAUUGUGUGGUAGUCGACGAUAACGGCUACGUUUGCGAGUGUUUGCCUGGAUACCGCGGUGAUGGAAUUCGACAGUGUGUCGUAGCUGUACUAUUCGCGGGUAUAGAUUACUUGCGCCGGUGGUUGAAGCAGACGGGAGUUGUCACGCCGUUGCGCAGGUGGUGA